AACAUGGCGUCCGGGGCCUUGAAUGAGCAAAACAAAAACACAAGCGGAGAAAUGGGCCGCGUUUAAACACCGAUUAAAAGGAAGUUCUACUAAAAAGCAAACAAACAAAUCGUAAAAUAAGUCCAUUAUGCUCGCACGGAGUGCGUGCUGCUAAUUUAUUUCGGAUUUCUGAGUUUUGGUUCGGACGCGAUCGUCCUGUGGAGCCUCUGUGCUUUUAUUUUAAUUUUCUUUUUCAUUAUUUUUUUAGUUAUACACACACGCACACAAACACGCACGCACAGACCUCUCAGCAUCAGCACUAUGGAUGAGACCAAAAGCCCAUUGAAGUCCGGAAAGCCGUCUCGAUCGGGCGGGAGCAAGGCCUCAUCCAGAGCACAGAAGGAGCGCGAGAACGCCAAGACGCCAAAUCGCAGUAAAAACACGGCAGCGUCCAGAGUGAAGGAGGAGGGCCAGGGUGGGUAUGCCGGGGGCAAAGGGAGAGCAGGAAGUCCUCAGGAGUCAGGAAGAAGCAAAGCGCGCAGGCUGACGGGGAGAACAGGCUCGGGGGAGAGAGGCAAGGUGAGGAAUCCGACUCAGCAGGGGGUCAGGAGUGGAAACCUCACGCCUCUCAGCACCAAGGAGGAGAACACCGCUCCGAAUAAAACCCCCAGACCUGCACUGAGGGACAGACAUGCAGAAGAUUCUUCUGGCUCAGGGUUGUGUCCCGGCGCUAAGCGGCGCUCCAGCCUGCCGCCAUCGAACAGGUCUCGCAGAAACUCUGAGCGUUUAUACCACAGAGACAAACCGAAGGUGGACAGGUCUCUUGGCGAGGUGUUGGCGAGACGGCCGGCGGAGAGCGCUCCAGAUGGUGUGGACGAGACGAACCUGACCUCCGAUCAGCAGCUGGGUCUGAAACAGGCCGAGGAGAGACUGCAGAGAGACUACAUCCACAGACUGACCAAGCAGUCCCCAGAUUACCCAAAUUUCCAGUAUCUAUGCAAACUCUGCUCGGUUCACGUGGACAACAUCCAGGGUGCUCACAAACACAUCAAAGAGAAACGGCACAAGAAGAACAUCAUGGAGAAGCAGGAGGAGAACGAGUUGCGUUCGUUACCCCCUCCAUCUCCAGCUCACCUGCGAGCACUGAACUCAGCUGUGAUGGAGGCGGCGCAGGAGCAUGGCAUCUCCGAGCAGGAGUUCCAGCAGAGAGACACUGUGCUGCGGAGCAUGGAGCUGAUCAUCCAGAGACACCUACCUGCGUGUUCUCUGCGUCUCUACGGUUCCUGUCUCACGCGAUUCGCCUUCAAGUCCAGUGACGUCAACAUCGACGUACUCUAUCCCUCCAGUAUGACGCAACCUGACGUCCUUAUUCAAGUGCUGGACAUCCUGAAGAAGAGCGAUGAGUUCUCAGAUGUGGAGUCGGACUUCCAUGCUAAAGUUCCCGUCAUCUUCUGCCGUGAUGUGUCCUGUGGUUUAUUGUGUAAAGUGAGCGCAGGAAAUGAUGUCGCGUGCCUCACCACCAAUCACCUGGCAGCAUUGGCCAAGCUGGAGCCUCGCCUGGUUCCUCUGGUGCUGGCAUUCCGCUACUGGGCCAAGCUGUGUCAUGUGGACUGCCAGGCCGAGGGCGGGAUUCCUUCCUACUCCUUCUCGCUGAUGGUCAUCUUUUUCCUGCAGCAAAGGAAGCAGCCCAUUCUACCUGUGUAUCUCGGCUACUGGAUCGAAGGGUUCGACGUGAAGCGUGUGGACGAGUAUCACCUGACCGCCAUUCAGUUGGGGCACUUUGUGGGAUGGGAGCACAGACCGGGCAGCGCUAACGAGGGGCGCGGAGACAAGAGCAAAAACGAACCCCAAAAACAUGACGGCCAAAAAUCAGCCGAGAAAAAGAACGAGAACCAGAAGGGCAAGACCCAUCUGGUGCUGGAGAACACGGAGAGCGUCUCUCUCGGCCAGCUGUGGUUGGAGCUGCUACGUUUCUACACGCUGGAGUUCGCUCUGGAGGAUUACAUCAUUAGCAUCCGGUUGAAGGAGCUGCUGCCCCGAGACGUGAAGAACUGGCCACGCCGCCGCCUCGCCAUUGAGGACCCGUUUGCCCUGAAGAGGAAUGUAGCGCGGAGUCUGAACAGUCAGAUGGUGUUCGAGUACAUCCAGGAGCGAUUCCGCACCGCCUACCGAUACUUCGCCUGCCCUCAGAGCCGUAAUGGACACACCCCCGAACGAGAUGUGCUGCGACCACGUGUGACCCGGCCGGCCAGAACGUGCGCCGUCGAAACUAAGAGAGGAGAGGAAGAGGAGGACGGCGUGAACAGCACCGAUGACGAUGAUGCGGACGAAGAAGAGGAAGACGAAGAUGAAGCUGGAGAUGAAGAGCAGCGUGUGAGCAGAGGCUUAGCCAGGCUGCUUGUCGAGGACGAGGACGAAGACGGCAUCCGUCACCCCUCUUCCCCGACCCCGUCCUCUCACAAUGGCCUGUUCCCCGACAGCGACAAUGAGGAGCAGGAUGAAGUCGGGCGGAAAGCUCCGGAACGGGAGAGCAUCGCCCCGGAGGACCUGCACUAUACGUUCGACAGGAUGAUCUUCACUGGAGGAAAGCCCCCGACGGUGGUGUGCAGUAUCUGUAAGCGAGACGGCCAUCUGAAAGACGACUGUCCUGAAGACUUUAAGAAGAUGGAGCUGACUCCUCUGCCUCCCAUGACGGAGCGCUUCAGAGAAAUCCUCGACAACCUGUGCAGGCGCUGCUACGAUGAGCUGUCGCCAACUCCGGGAGAGCAGUAUAAGAGGGAACAGAUUCUAGCCGGUCUGGAGCGCUUCAUUCGGAAAGAGUAUAAUGAUACAGCCCAGCUGUGUCUGUUUGGUUCCUCCAAGAACGGUUUCGGUUUCCGUGACAGUGACCUGGACAUCUGUAUGACGUUGGAGGGUCACGACACAGCAGAGAAACUGAACUGUAAAGAGAUCAUUGAGGCGUUAGCCAAGGUGCUGAAGAAACACACAGGUCUGAGGAACAUCUUGCCUAUAACGACCGCCAAAGUGCCUAUCGUCAAGUUCGAACACAAGCUGAGCAGUCUGGAAGGAGACAUCAGCCUCUACAACACACUGGCUCAGCACAACACACGUAUGUUGGCCACGUACGCAGCCCUGGACCCACGUGUGCAGUAUUUGGGCUAUACCAUAAAAGUGUUUGCAAAGAGGUGUGACAUCGGCGAUGCUUCAAGGGGUAGUCUCUCAUCUUACGCCUACAUCCUCAUGGUGCUGUACUUCCUGCAGCAGAGACAGCCUCCCGUCAUCCCCGUCCUACAGGAGAUCUACGACGGGAGUUCCGUUCCUCAGAGGAUGGUUGACGGCUGGAACGCGUUCUUUUUCGAAGACCUGGACGAGCUGCGGCGGCGUUGGCCUGAGUUCCAGCAGAACCACGAGACGGUAGGGGAGCUGUGGCUCGGCCUACUGCGCUUCUAUACUGAGGAGUUCGACUUUAAAGAGCACGUGAUCUCCAUCCGGCAGCGGAAACGCCUCACCACAUUCGAGAAACAGUGGACCUCCAAGUGCAUUGCCAUCGAAGAUCCCUUCGACUUGAAUCACAAUCUCGGUGCUGGAGUGUCACGGAAAAUGACGAAUUUCAUCAUGAAGGCAUUCAUUAAUGGCAGGAAGUUGUUCGGAACGCCAUUUUAUCCAAUGCUGGGGAUGGAAGCGGAUUACUUCUUCGACUCGAAGGUGCUGACGGAUGGUGAGCUCGCUCCGAAUGACCGCUGCUGUCGGAUCUGUGGCAAAAUCGGACAUUACAUGAAGGACUGCCCGAAGAGGCGCAGGUCAGACAGGAUGAAGAAGAAGGAGAGUGAUAAGGAUGAGGAGAUGCGUGAGGAGGACAGAGAGCCGAGGGAGAGACGCUGUUUCCAGUGCGGAUACCUAGGACACGUCCGGAGAGAAUGUCCUGAUUACAGACACCUCCGACAGAGAGGAGCUCCUACACAGGUUCCUCAGAUGAUCCGUUCCAUGGUGAGCUCUCAGGCCAUCCCCAUUCCUCAGAGUGGUACGUCCCAGGAUCGACCUGGCCGGACCAGGCAGCCAUCAGAAUGUUCAGACACACGUCAGACUCCUCCGUACUCGCCCCAGCCAUCUACGUUCAUCCAGCCUUCCGUCUCUCCUCAGUCAUCUCAGAGUGCCAAGCCUUCGCCAGGCUCCUCGUCCUCCUCGUCCGCUCUGUCCAAAUCCCCCCAUCAUCCCUCUCUCCCUCUUCCCGCCACUCCUCCUCAGCAGCAGCAGCAGCAGGUUCAUCUGUCUCUCUUUGGUUUCACCCCCUCUCAGUACAUGGGCAUGCUCUCACCGGGCACCUGGCCCUCCCAUCCGCCCUCCCCGGGGGUAAAGUACAAUAUGAGGAAGGGGCAGGGGAACGGAGGGGCGGGACACACAUCGAACCCCACCCCCGUUAACCUCAAUGACCCCAGCAUCAUCUUUGCCCAGCCGGCGGGGCGGGACGGCGGGCCACACUGGCACAAUCACCAUCUGAACAACCCCGGGGCACUGGUGGCUAACGGCACAGUGGGGAAGUCAGAAGCAGGUUUCCAGGCUCCGUUUGGUUCUGUAGGUCAGGUGUCUCGCUCACUGGGCAACAGCGGUGCCGGUUCCAUAUCCGUCUCGUCCUCCUGGGGUUUCCGCAUGCCACAGACGUACAUGCAGCAGUCCAACAAGCCCUUCAUCUCCCAGAGUGCAGUGGCCAAUCAGCACUUCCCUUUGCUGCAGUCCGGCCGUCCCGUCAACCUCAGCUACAUCCAGCAGAAGAAAUAACGAGCGGAGACGUUCUUUUCGUUCCAAACCAACGCCCGAGGUCCUUAUCGAACGACAGUGAAGAGAUUAAAAAAAACAACAAACAAACAAUUAAGAAACGUCUAAGUUGGCAUUUUGUCACAAGACUUUUUAAAAUGGAUUUUAUCUUCUUUUUUUUUGUACAGUUUUUACAUUAAUUUUUUUGUCUCAUCACAUUGAUUUGUGAUAUGAAAUGUCAAAUAUUUUAAUACCCCUAUUUUUAAAGGGGUUCCAAAAAAAAAGAAGCAGAAAAGAAGAAGCAUUUUUAUUUGUUGUGUAAAGUACGGAUUUAAAGUUAAUCCUGUUUAUUUUUAUUGGUGUAUUCAUAUUUUUGCUUGCAUAAAGGACACAAAGGCUUUGGAUAGGAAUUUUGUUGUUUUAUGAAAAAUCAGCAUAACCGCUCCAUAAGAUAACUAUGUAGUGCCAAAAGCUAAAAAAAAAAAAAAAAAAAAAAAAAAAAAAGGGAAAAAAAGGAUAUCUUUCCUCAAUCUCAGUAAAUGAAGAAAAGAUACACAAAAAAAGAGUAUUAAAAAAAUCAUGAAAAAAGAGCAAGGGUAAAAAAAAAAAUCAAAUAAAGAAAAAGCAAACCAA